GCAAUACGUCUGGUUCUUAAGCUGUGAGCAUCAGGGACAACGUCAGCCUAAGCAGGUACAGAAGAAUAUUAGAAAUCUGAUUGGCUGCAUUGCCCCAAGCAGUGAAGAGAUUACAGAUCAUCCUUGGAGGCUGCAAAACUGGUGCAGUUGUUGGACUUCUGAGAAUAUCAAGAAAAAGGUUUAGAUAUCUCCUUGUGAAUUGUCAAGCUUCGUUCUGCAAAUUAUGAUAAGGCAGGCGUGAAGCACAAGGUUUUCUGGCAGACUUGUCGGAGCAUCUGACAGAACUGCAGCUAAAAGCUGGGACUAUCAGAGGGGGGAAAAAAGAUUAUAAAAAGAGAACUGAAGUUCUACAGAGGAAGAGUAAAAAGUGUUAUAGAAGAUUUACACUGUAGGAAAUGGGCUGGUUGGAAGAACCAAACUGGCAGCUUCAUGUCUCCUUGAUAAUGCUUCUGUCUCUACAUACUAGAGCAAAUCUUCUUGAUAACAUGCUCUUGAGGAGCUCAACAAAGCUUAAUGUGGAUACCAGGAAGGAGGACCCAGAAGGCACAGCACCUGCUCCUCCUCAGAAGCUGUUGGCAUGUUACUGUCACCACCACUGUCCCGAAGACUCAUUCAACAAUACCUGCUGGACGGAUGGCUUUUGCUUCACCAUUAUUGAAGAAGAUGAAUCUGGGCUUCCUGUGGUCACUUCUGGGUGCUUAGGACUAGAAGGAUCCGACUUCCAGUGCCGGGAUACACCUAUACCACAUCAAAGAAGGUCAAUUGAAUGCUGUACAGUUCAAGACUAUUGUAACAGAGACCUUCAUCCCACUUUGCCCCCUCUUAAAAACAAAGAUUUUGUUGAUGGAAGUAUUCACUAUAUGGCUCUGCUUAUUUCUGUGACCGUCUGCAGCAUCAUCCUUGCAAUCAUUCUUAUAUUCUGUUAUUUCAGGUAUAAAAGACAAGAAGCACAACCCCGAUAUAGUAUUGGACUAGAGCAAGAUGAGACAUACAUCCCUUCUGGGGAGUCGCUGAAAGAUCUUAUUGAACAGUCACAAAGCUCUGGAAGUGGGUCAGGACUCCCUCUGCUGGUCCAAAGGACAAUAGCAAAGCAGAUUCAGAUGGUGAAGCAAAUUGGCAAAGGACGCUAUGGGGAGGUUUGGAUGGGAAGAUGGCGUGGAGAAAAAGUGGCUGUAAAAGUGUUCUUUACAACUGAAGAGGCCAGCUGGUUCCGAGAAACAGAAAUCUACCAGACAGUACUCAUGAGACAUGAGAACAUUCUAGGUUUCAUUGCAGCAGAUAUCAAAGGAACCGGAUCGUGGACUCAGUUAUACCUGAUUACUGACUACCAUGAAAAUGGCUCCCUUUAUGACUAUCUUAAAUCUACUACUCUGGAUACAAAAGCAAUGUUGAAAUUGGCCUAUUCCUCUGUUAGUGGUCUGUGCCAUCUGCAUACGGAAAUUUUUGGGACUAAGGGCAAACCAGCUAUAGCACAUCGUGACCUCAAAAGUAAAAAUAUUCUGGUGAAGAAAAAUGGAACCUGCUGCAUUGCGGACUUGGGACUGGCAGUAAAAUUCAUUAGUGAUACAAAUGAAGUGGAUAUACCGCCAAACACUAGAGUGGGUACAAAACGCUAUAUGCCUCCAGAAGUGCUUGAUGAGAGUUUAAAUAGAAACCAUUUCCAGUCCUACAUCAUGGCUGACAUGUAUAGCUUUGGUCUUAUCCUCUGGGAAGUAGCAAGAAGAUGUAUAUCAGGAGGUAUAUUAGAAGAGUACCAAUUGCCCUAUCAUGACGUAGUUCCAAGUGACCCCUCUUAUGAAGACAUGAGGGAUGUUGUGUGCAUAAGAAGGUUGCGACCAUCAUUUCCAAACAGAUGGAGCAGUGAUGAGAGUCUGAGACAGAUGGGAAAACUUAUGACAGAGUGUUGGGCUCAUAACCCAGCUUCGCGCCUCACAGCUCUGCGCGUGAAGAAGACGUUAGCCAAAAUGUCAGAGUCUCAGGACAUAAAGCUUUGAUUUAGCACAUUGCUACUUUAUUAGAAGCCUAUGGAUAUGGACAUAUUUUUAUGACUGAAAACCUAAAGAGAUUUUUUUUUUUAACAUUGAACAUCAGCGUUCACCAUGGAUACCAUGAACUAACCAAGUCUUUGUCUAGACUAUUGAACCAUCAGGACUUUCUGGAGAUAAUGUCAAGGACUCUUACUGAAUCGCCUGCUGUGCAUGGGAACAUGGUUUAAAUGACUAGAUGAAAAAAUUAGCACGUUGCUUUCUGUGAAAGUCAUUACAUUUUUAAUGUUUGAGACAAAAUCUUGUGAUAAUAAAAAAUAAUAAGUCCAUUGUUAUUAUAAUAAUGAUUUUUAUAUAUAUAUAUAUUGUUAUGAAAUAAUGGAUUAAAGAAAGGUACAUGAAACAAGAUCUAAACGUUAUUACGUUGUUAUCUAUAAAAAGAUAAAUGUUGAAUAAGAAGAA